AUGCCUUCAAUUACUCUCAGUUUGCGAACAGUUGGACAUUUGGCUAGGAAUGGUUCCAAGCCUCACAACCUCCUUCGCACUUUCGCAUCCUCGGCCAAGAGAUCAGAAAUCAACAAGGUCUACUCAUCAGCUGAAGAAGCCAUCAGUGAUGUCAAGGGUGACAGCACACUCCUCUGCGGUGGUUUUGGUCUCUGUGGUGUACCCGACACUCUAAUCAAUGCCGUCAAGAACAAGCCUUCGAUCAAGGGACUAACAGCCGUGUCAAAUAACGCCGGUAUCGUUGGAUCAGGCCUGGGUCUACUUCUUGAAUCCAAGCAGGUCAAGAAGAUGAUUGCCAGUUAUGUUGGAGAGAACAAGGUCUUUGAGAAGAUGUACCUCACUGGCGAGAUUGAGCUGGAGCUUACGCCACAAGGAACACUCGCCGAGAGGUGCAGAGCAGGUGGUGCUGGUAUUCCUGCCUUCUUCACACCAGCAGCCUUCGGAACUGUCGUUCAGACUGGAGAGCUCCCUACGGUGCACAACAGCGACGGAUCUGUCGCUCAAUACUCAACACCCAGGGACGUCAAGGUGUUCGACGGCAAGAGCUACGUCAUGGAGGAAGCAAUCAAGGGCGACUACGCCUUCAUCAAGGCAUGGAAGGCAGACAAGCUUGGCAAUCUCAUGUUCAGAUUUGCGGCACAGAACUUCAACGGUGCCAUGGCUCGCAAUGCAAAGGUCACCAUUGUCGAAGCCGAGCACAUCGUUGAGGUUGGCGAGAUCGACCCAGCGGCAGUACACGUGCCUGGCAUCUAUGUCGAUCGUGUUAUUCAGAGCACAGAACCCAAGAACAUUGAGAAGGUUGUCAACGCAAAAGACCCAGCCGAAGCCCUGAACGCAUUAGGCAGUGGCGACGCUGCAAGCAAGCGCGAGCGCAUCGUCCGACGAGCAGCUAAGGAGUUCAAGAACGGAAUGUACGCCAACUUGGGCAUUGGUAUGCCAAUGAUGGCUCCAGCCUUCGUCGAUGACAGCAUCGAGGUCCAGCUUCAGUCUGAGAACGGUAUUCUAGGUCUGGGAGCCUACCCUCAAAAAGGUCAGGAGGACCCUGAUCUCAUCAAUGCUGGUAAAGAGACCGUCACAUUGCGUCCUGGUGCCGCAGUCUUUGGCUCUGAUGAGUCGUUCGCCAUGAUUCGCGCUGGUAGGAUUCACAUGACCAUGCUUGGAGCUAUGCAAGUAUCAGCCCGAGGAGAUCUGGCAAACUUUGCUAUGCCAGGAAAGAUCAAAGGCAUGGGUGGUGCCAUGGAUCUGGUUUCCAACCCUGAGAAGACGAGAGUUGUGGUGACAAUGGAGCACACCGACAAGAAGGGUGGUCCCAAGAUUAUGAAGAUGUGCGAGUUCCCUCUCACCGGCAAAGCUUGCGUCUCGAGAAUCAUCACCGAGUUGGCCGUAUUCGAUGUUGAUUUCACAACUGGAUUGACAUUGAUCGAGCACGCAGAGGGAGUCACAGUGGAGGAGAUCAGAUCUAAGACGGAGGCACCAUUCAAGGUGUCAGAAUCAUUACAGGUCAUGCAGCAGUAA